AUGUGGGGAGCUGGAGCCCCCGGGGGCCAGGGUCAGCACUCCGGCAAGAUGGGCGUGCUGGGCCGUCCCCGGGUCAUCCUACUCACCCGCCUGCUGGUUGCCCUGGAGCUCACCUUCCUCUUCAUGCGGUUCUCCAUCAUGCCGUACCUGACCCGGCGGCUGGGCCUGGAUUCUGUGGCCUUCGGCUACCUGCAGACGGCCUUCGGCGUGCUUCAGCUGCUGGGCGGGCCGGUGUUUGGCAGGUUCGCCGACCAGCGCGGGGCGCGGGCCGCAUUCACGCUCAGCUUCCUGGCGUCCUCCGCCUUCUACCUGAUCCUGGCGGCCGCUUGCAGCCCGGCCCUGCCCGGCGUGGCCUUGCUCUAUGUCUCGCCCUUGCCUGCGGCACUCAUGCACGGGCUGCCAGCCGCUCAGAUGGUCAUCACCGACCUGUCUGCGCCCGAGGAGCGGCAGGCGGCCCUGGGCCGGCUGGGCCUGUGCUUCGGGGUUGGCAUGAUCUUCGGCUCGCUGCUCGGCGGGACCCUGAGCGCCGCGUGCGGGCUUCGAUGUCCAGCCUCCGUGGCUCUUGUAGCCAACCUCGUGGCAGCCGUCCUCAGCUUCACCUGCAUCCCCAUCAGCACUAAAGGGGUUAGCACCCAUGCCCAGGCUGCCCCUCCAGGCAGAGCCCAGGCCAGCGUGUUCGACCUGAAGGCCAUCAGCCGCCUGCUGCUGAGGCCUGGCAUCCUUCCCGUGUUCCUCGUCAAGGUGGUGUCCGGCUUCCCCUCUGGACUCUUCAUGGUCAUGUUCUCCAUCAUUUCCAUGGACUUCUUCCAGCUGGACGCUGCCCAGGCUGCCUACCUCAUGUCCUUCUUCGGGGUUCUCCAGAUGGUCAUUCAGGGCCUGGUCAUCGGCUGGCUGAGCAGCCACUUCUCGGAGAGGGCCCUGCUCCGGACCAGCGUGCUGGGCUUCAUCAUGGUGGGACUGCCCAUGGCCCUGAUGUCCAGUGUCUUCCACUUCUGCCUCCUGAUGCCGGGCCUGGUCUUCAGCCUGUGUGCCCUCAACGUGGUCACCGACAGCAUGCUGACCAAGGCUGUCUCGGCCUCAGACACGGGCACCAUGCUGGGCCUCUGCGCCUCUGUGCAGCCCUUGACUCGCACCCUGGGGCCCAUGGUGGGUGGCCUCCUGUACCGCAGCUUCGGGGUCCCUGUCUUCGGCCACGUGCAGUUUGCCACCAACGUCCUUGUCCUCCUGGCGCUCUGGAGACAGCCUCUGGCCCAGAAGCCGGACAAAGUCUGGUGACCACGGUCCCAGGGCACAGACCAACAAUAAAUUCCUCCAGCC